AUGGGGAUAGAUAUCGGACUUUACAGGAUACGAAUAGGCCUUGUUUCAAUGCCAAUUAAAUGUGGAUUUAAACUACGUGUAUUGUGUGUGAAUGGACAGAGCGUACGUGUAGUUUUGAGACUUGCAAUUGCUCUCUCGUUAUUAACACUACUGGGUGGGGAUGUGGAAAAAAAUCCCGGACCGACCACGAAGAACACCAAGCAGCUAACACUACCCUUCGCUGAGGUGCCAGCGUCGGAAACGCCACCGCAGCCGUCAUUGCAAGGUACCGCAAGAACCAGAGCCAGCAAAGCAGAUAAUGAUUCAGAGGUAAUGACAUUUCUACGCGAAAUGAAAGUGGAAAUCAAAAAUGAUCUCCCCUCAAUAAACAGUAAAAUAAACGAUAUUUGUAGCACUCUUAACACAUUGAAAAACGAAAAUGAGCAGUUACGGCAAGAGAAUACAAGUAUGAAACAAGAGCUCUCAAAUUUGUCAUCCAAAUUAGAUCGUCUCGAAGGUCAUUCACGCAGGAACAAUUUACGUUUUCUUGGUCUUGAGGGGCGUGUCAGUGAGAGUUGUGAAGAAACUGAACAGAAGGUGCGACAUUUUAUGUCAAGCACUCUAGGGCUGAAUGAUAUGCAUGCUAUUGAGAUUGAGAGGGCUCAUAUGGUUGGAAGUCAGCGAUCGUACAGCCGCGCAAUAAUUGCAAAUUCUCCACUUAUAAGGACCGAGAGACCAUCAUUAAAAGGGCGCGUCAAACUCUUAAUGCACAAUCUCAAUUCUCGGUUCCGGAGGAUUUUACGGAAAGCGUCCAGUUACACAGAAGACAAUUGUCCCGUGCACAAGUCCAAGCUAGAAAAGAAGCACAGUGGUCAGCAUGGAUUGUGGCCUGUCGCAAUCAAUAUAACACGUGACCAUGGAGCAGAGGAGGAUAGCCAGUCGGAGACGGACUUUCAUUCGCAUGGCGAGGCGGGGAAUGAUUGCGAGCUACCACCUGUGCCUCCAAAUGGAUCAGUUCGCCUGAUUUCUGGAACGACAACCUACGGAAGCGUAGCUGUUCUUGCGUGCAACACUGGGUAUGAACCUAGCCUUCCAGAAUACAGCUACUGUGACGUUGACGGAUGGACCAACAGUACCUUUGGAUGUCAAAUAAAAAGUUGUCCUUCCGGAGAUUGGCUGAAAAUUCCUAACGGUAUUCUUGCGCCAACCGUCAGUAACAUCACUGAUUACGGGUCUACGGCGUUAGUGACGUGCAACGUUGGGUACGUUGUGUCUGGUGAUAACGUCACCGUAUGUGACGCUGAUUCAAAAUGGCGUGACCACGGGUCGUGUGUUGAAAAAGAUUGUGGACAACCAGUCGUUAAUGCUUACAUACGCCUCACGUACGUCAAAACGACAUUUCGUAGCAUUGCUAUUGCUCGGUGUCAAAGCGGAUAUGACGUAGAUGGAUCUACAGAUAUAAUUGAAUGCGGACAUGACGGCUUUUGGAGGCCAGACAUCAGAUGUGUUAAAAAAGCAUACCACAUACCAGAGUGCCCGGCUGUUGAUCCGCCUAUCAAUGGCAAUAUAAGCUUCAGUAACGGUCCAUUCAACGGCUCAGUGGGGUCACUCGCUUGCAAGGAAGGGUACAAAAUAAGUGGCAAGCAAACCAUAACAUGUAGUAAUGGCACAUGGAGCGGACAGAGACCAGUUUGUGAACUAAUCGAUUGCGGAUCGCCUGUUCCUACUGCAAAAUCAACUGUGACGUAUGGUGAGACCAAAGUUGGGAGCAAGGCGGUUAUGGAUUGCACAACCGGAUAUGAGAUAAACGGCGCCACUGAUACGAUGACGUGUAGACAAAACGGCACUUGGGGUCCGGAAAUCACGUGCUUUAAAACAGGAUGUACCGACCUUCCAGCUAUGAACAACGGCAAAUACACUUUCUACGCCGACAAAAUCCGAAACAAAACAACGGUCACGUUGGCGUGCAACAAUGGGUACACUUUGUCCGGGGUCGACUCGUCUGUUUGCGAUGGGUCCUGGAGUCAAUUAGGGAUAUGUGAAAAAAUAAGAUGUCCUACUGGAGAUUUCAUGACAAUUCCAAACGGGGCAAUCACACUUAACGUGAAAGACGUCAACGACUACGGAUCCACGGCUUUGGUAGCGUGUAACGUCGGGUACGUCUUAAUGGGAGAAUCCAUCACAACAUGUCAAGCGGAUAAGACGUGGAGUGCGCAUGGAACGUGUGAAAAAUGCAGCACUCCAGUGGAACGUACUGGUGAUUAUCCACAGGCAUAUACCAUUUCCGGUGCUACUGUAGGAGGACUUAUCGUCGGAAUUAUCGUUGGCGUCGGUUCGAUGGUUGUCUACAUGAGACGGAAAUCUGUUGUACCCAAAUCCGGUUCUAAAACACCGGAGAUAGCUUCUCAAAAUCACUAUUUUGCCCAGCGUGGAAAUAAUAGUGGCCAGAGCCCAAUGACAGAAAAAAGCAAACCAAAGAACGAAAAACAACAGAGAAACACGGCAAAUGGCCAGGAAGAUUCGCAUGAAUAUUUAGAAUUACAAAAUCAGGAUAAUGCUCGUGUAGUUACCAACGAAAUAUAUGAAAGUGCAGCUCAGAUUCAGGGAGCAGCGAAGUUCGGAGUUGUUUCUAACAGUUACGGGGCCUCACGUAUGGGUGUCCAAUGCGUUUAG